AUCCCCACCUUUCAGUUUCUCCAAAAUCUCCCCUCCUUUUUCCCCCGCCGCCAUGGCCUCCCCCAUUUCUCUCCUUCUCCUUCUCCUCCUCUCCUCUUCACUCCACUCCAUCUCCGCCGCCACAAACCUCGCUUUCUCACACCGCUCCUCCGCCGAAUAUCUCUCUCUUCCCUUCAAAUACCACGGCGGCCCUCUUCUCGCCGGCGACAUCACCGUCAACCUCAUCUGGUACGGGAAAUUCAGCCCCUCCCAGAAAGCCAUCGUCGUCGAUUUCGUCGCUUCCCUCUCAAAUUCCAGGCCAAUUUCCCCUGCCCCCUCUGUUUCCACUUGGUGGAACAACCUCAAAAAUUUCUACAGACCAAAAUCCCUCUCUCUCUCAUUGGGCCCCCAGAUUCUGGACCAGAGCCACUCCCUCGGCAAAUCCCUCUCCCAAAAUGACGUUAUUGCCCUCGCCGCGAGGGGUGGCCGGAAAAAUGCAAUCAACGUCGUCCUGACGGCGGCGGACGUGGCGGUUGACGGAUUCUGUUUCAAUAAAUGUGGGUCCCAUGGGUAUUCGGCCGGAGCUCCAAAUGGGGGGAAGAGGUACAAAUUCGGGUAUAUUUGGGUGGGUAAUUCGGAGACCCAGUGUCCGGGGCAAUGCGCCUGGCCCUUCCACCGCCCGGUGUACGGUCCUCAGAGCCCGCCGCUGGUGCCGCCGAACAACGACGCCGGAAUGGACGGCGUUGUUAUAAACCUGGCCGCUCUUCUCGCCGGAACCGCCACCAAUCCCUUCGGGAAUGGGUACUACCAGGGCCCCAAGGAAGCUCCGCUGGAGGCGGCGUCGGCCUGCACCGGAAUAUUCGGAAAGGGGUCUUAUCCGGGCUAUCCCGGCGAGCUUCCGGUGGACCCAGCCACCGGAGCCGGCUAUAAUGCGCGCGGUGCCAAUCGCCGGAAAUUUCUGCUUCCGGCGCUGUUUGACCCUUCCACUUCCACGUGUUCUACUCUGGUUUGAGAACGUGGCCUGGCUAAACGACGGCGUAUGGAAAUUUGUUUUGGAUGGAGAUUAUUUGUUUUAUUUAUUCAUUUAUACUUUCUUUUUCUUGUUGAUCCGUCGAUGGUUCACUUGAUAGGAUACAGAUGUAAAAAGUUCGAUGUAACAAAAUAUAAUGUUUUCAUAUUUAUUUAUUUAUUAUUUUUUAGAACA